AGGAUAGGCGGAGGUUAGGGAGGGAGCCCCCCAACUGAGGGGCCUAUGGGCAGGACUAAAAUGGAAGGGGCGGAGCUCUGAAGCAGGAGAGCUGGGGGCCGGGGCUGGAGCCCUAUUGCAGGAGCUCGAGCCCUAACCCGAGCGAGGCUCUGAGCUAGCGCAAUUCUCUAGACUCAGACCCCAAAGCGCAGAGUCCUGCUCCCCCUGCCUCCUGGUCUCCAGUGCCAUCAGACCCUUUCUUUCCUGAUGCUGGCUCCCCCUGCUCCGGAUCCCCCUGUUCCUAUGUCUCAGACCGAGGCGGACCUGGCGCUGAGGUCCCAGCCGCCUCCCGCUCCUGCCGGGACUCCUCGCCUCGGCCCGGUACCCCGGCGGAUGCGUCGCUUCUCCGGAAAAGGGGAGCUCCGACCACGUUCCACGCGUUUCAGCCGCCGCAGUUCAGUAGACCUGGGGCUUCUGAGUACUUGGUCUGAGCCCGCCCCGCCCCUCCCUGAUCCCCCGGGCCCUCCGGAUUUAAGCAACCCAGGCUCCCCCAAGCCUUUACAGCCUAGCUCCGGGGAGCAGGCGGAGGGCGCACCGAGCGGGGGUCCUGCAGGGAAGCCAGAAGAUCUAGGGCGUCCGGAACUCUCAGGUUCGGGGGGAGGCCUGGGUUUCGGGGAGAUGCUGCAGAGCCCCGGUGGGGUGGCGCCGGAGAGGCUACGAGAACUGGAGGAGAAGGAAGAUACAGAGACACAGGCUGUGGCCACGUCCCCGGACGGCCGCUAUCUUAAGUUCGACAUCGAGAUCGGACGUGGCUCCUUUAAGACUGUCUAUAGGGGUUUGGACACGGAUACUACGGUGGAGGUCGCCUGGUGUGAACUGCAGACUCGGAAACUGUCCCGGGCGGAGAGGCAGCGUUUCUCCGAGGAAGUGGAGAUGCUGAAAGGACUGCAGCACCCGAAUAUCGUCCGCUUCUACGACUCAUGGAAAUCUGUACUCAAGGGCCAGGUCUGCAUCGUGCUGGUUACUGAACUUAUGACUUCCGGCACUCUCAAGACAUACCUGAGGCGAUUCCGGGAAAUGAAGCCUCGAGUUCUUCAGCGCUGGAGCCGACAGAUCCUGCGUGGGCUGCACUUUUUGCAUUCCCGGGACCCCCCUAUCUUGCAUCGGGACCUCAAGUGCGAUAAUGUCUUUAUUACCGGUCCCACCGGCUCCGUCAAAAUCGGGGACCUUGGCCUGGCCACCCUGAAGCGCACCUCAUUUGCCAAAAGCGUCAUCGGGACCCCGGAAUUCAUGGCACCUGAGAUGUACGAGGAGAAAUACGAUGAGGCAGUGGAUGUGUAUGCAUUUGGCAUGUGCAUGUUGGAGAUGGCCACUUCGGAGUACCCCUAUUCUGAGUGUCAGAAUGCUGCGCAAAUUUAUCGAAAGGUCACUUCGGGCACCAAGCCUAAUAGCUUUCACAAAGUGAAGAUACCAGAGCUGAAGGAGAUAAUUGAAGGCUGUAUACGGACUGAUAAGAAUGAAAGGUUCACCAUCCAGGACCUCCUGGCCCAUGCUUUUUUCCGAGAGGAGCGAGGAGUGCAUGUGGAACUGGCAGAAGAGGACGAUGGGGAGAAGCAGGGGCUGAAGUUGUGGUUGCGAAUGGAGGAUGCCAGGAGAGUUGGCCGUCCUCGGGACAACCAGGCCAUUGAGUUUCUGUUCCAACUGGGAAGGGAUGCGGCUGAGGAGGUGGCACAGGAAAUGGUGGCUCUGGGACUAGUCUGUGAAGCAGAUUACCAACCAGUGGCUAGAGCUGUAAGAGAAAGGGUCGCUGCCAUCCAGCGCAAAAGGGAGAAACUUCGGAGAGCAAGGGAGACAGAGCAGAUUCCACCACCCCCCGGACCACCUCCAGUCAUUGCCCCCACAGCUCCUGGUCCUGAAGCUCCCUUCCUUCCUGAACCUGAGGAACCAGAGGCAGAUCAACACCAGCCAUUCCUUUUCCGCCAUGCCAGCUACUCUUCUACCACCUCGGACUGUGAGACUGAUGGUUACCUCAGCUCCUCUGGCUUCAUUGAAAAUUCAGACCCAGUGCUCCAGCCUCCUGGAAGGGAACCAUUUAGCCCUGCUGAUCCCCAGAUCUCCUUGCCCUCGGCCUUUGCCUUGUCCAUUCCUCGAUCUGGUCCUGCUAGUGACUUCUCUCCUGGGGACAGUUAUACUUCAGAUGCAGCAUCAGGGCUCAGUGAUGUGGGAGAAGGGCCAGGAAGAAUGAAGAGACCCCCUGGGAGAAGUCCAAAGCGCAGACCUCGAUCCCGCUUACGUGUUACUAGUGUGUCGGACCAGAAUGAUCGAGUCGUUGAGUGUCAGUUGCAAACACACAACAGCAAGAUGGUGACCUUCCGAUUCGACUUGGAUGGAGAUAGUCCUGAGGAGAUCGCAGCUGCCAUGGUAUAUAAUGAGUUCAUUCUACCAUCUGAGCAGAAUGGAUUCCUGGGCCGGAUUCGGGAAAUUAUUCAGCGAGUGGAGACCUUGCUAAGGAGAGAAGGAGGCCCUGUGGGGGCCUCUGCAGAUGCUCCAGCUCCCCAGCAGGAGGAGCCCAUGAUACCGGCUCUCCCUGGCCCCCUCUCACUCCCAGUCAGUGAGACCAACAGUACCUCCCUGGAGCAGAGAAACUGGACAUCCUUUCCUUCCUCCCCUCUGUCUCCUGGACUCCCCUUGUCACCAGGGUACCCCUUGUCUCCUGGGAGCCCCUUUUCUCCAGGUCCUUCCUUUCCCAUUGAAACUCCCCAUUUACCUAUUACUUCCUCCCCAUAUCCCCUCGUUUCCUCCCAAUUUCCUUCCAGUCCCUCCCAGUUCCCCAUCACUUCCCAACAACCAAGUGUCCCUCCUUUUCCCCUCAAUUCUCCACCCCCAUUUCCCCCUAGUUCCCAGUUCCCCACCACAUCCUCUCAAUUCCCCCCAAGUCCCCCUACCUAUCCCUCUACUUCUCUACCUACAUUCUCCCCUAAUUCCUCCCCAUCCCCCAUCACAUCCUCCCAGCUCCCCCCAAAUACUUCAUUUCUCCCCAGUUCCCCACCUCCAUUUCCACCUAGUUGUUCCCAGUUCACACUCAGUACUUCUUUUCCUCCAAGUCCAUCUCCUCCUCUUCCUCCACCCCCUUCAACACCCCUCCUUUCCCUGGCUGGUGCCUUCUCUCUGGCUGUGAUGACUGUGGCUCAGUCCCUGCUAACACCCCAACCUGAGCUCCUUCCUCGACCUCCAAGCCCUCCUGCCCCUCUGCCAAGUCCCCCAGCACCCCUUGUACCAUGUGGCUUGUCAAGUUCUCCAGCGUCCAAAGCUGAAGAGGAAAGUGGGGCCGUCCUCAGUUCGCAGUCACUCCUGGUUGAAACUAGGCUGUCACCCAUCACAGAAGAAGGGAAGCCACAGCUUGUUGGGCGUUUCCAAGUGACUUCAUCAAAAGAACCAGCUGAACCCCUUCUCCAAGAGCCACCAGCUCCACCUCCGGGUUCCCCAGAACCUUGUACCCCUGAGAGUUCAGACACAGAGGACAGUGCUGAAGGAGGGCCAGAGACUGGGGAGGCUCUAGCUGAGAGCGAUCGGGCAACAGAGGGUCUGGGGCCUGGAGCAGAGGGGGAGGAUGGGCAGGAGGAGAAAGAGUCCUGGAUGGGCAGCAGCCCUCCUCCUCCAAGCCAGCCCAGCCCGGUGUGGUUGAACUACACAUACAACAGCCUGUGUCUGAGCAGUGGGGACUCAGAGAGCAGCGGGGAGGAUGAAGAGAUAUGGGCGGAGCUGCAGAAUCUUCGUCAGAAACACCUGUCUGAGGUGGAGACAUUGCAGAUGAUGCAGAAGAAAGAGAUCGAGGACCUCUACAGCAGGCUAGGGAAGCAACCUCCACCAGGCAUAGUGGCUCCUGCCACCAUGCUUUCUAGCCGACAGCGUCGCAUCUCCAAGGGCAGUUUCCCUGCCUCUCGACGAAACAGCUUGCAACGCCCAGAACCUCCACCCCCUGGCAUUAUGAGAAGGAACUCUUUAAGUGGCAGCAGCACUGGCUCUCAAGAACAGCGACCAAGCAAGGGGGUGACAUUCGCUGGGGAUUUUGGCAGGAUGUGAACCCAGAACUGAAGCAGUGUGGGACCAGGGGAGAGCUGGUGCCUUCAGGACCUGAUCCUUGAUCAAUAUAACUCAGCAUGCUACACCAGGAUAGAGUAGCAGUGUGGCGCAGUGAAAAGACUUCAGUGCUUGACAUCAGGAGUUACUUGGAUCUGAAUCCUUCCUCUGAUACUCUGUGACCACGGGCAGGUCACUUUUAACCCUCUGUGCCUCAGUUUUCUCAUCUGGAUGUAUAACAGGAUAAAAAUGGCUGUCCCUACCUCACAGGGUUGUGAGGACCCCAAAAAAAUGUCUAUACAGUGCUUUGCAAAUCUUAAAAGUGCUACAUAAACCUUUCAUUGUCAGCUAUGAUGAUUGUCAUAUUCCAGAGACAGGGGUGGGAAACAAGGGAAAAGCAUCAAUACCCUAAGAAAUGAGACAAAAUUUGUAAAGCCUUUUUAAAGCCUGAAAGCACACAACUAGAUGACCCACAGGAUAGAGAGCCAGGCCUGGAAACAAGAGGACUUGGGGUCAAAUCUGGCCUCAGAUACAUCCUAGCUGUGUGACCCUGGGCAAGUCAUUUAACCCAAUUACCCAGCCUUUACCUCUUCUGUCCUGUAACCAAUCCAUAUAGAUUCUAAAACAGCAAGAUUUUGUUUUUGUUUUUAAAGUACUAUAUGAAUGCUAGUUGUUACUAUCAAAGAGGAGCAGAUGAAGAAACUGUUCUUGUUCUUGGUGUGGAGUGAGCCCUUGGGCUUCCUAGCACCAACCACUAAAACUCCAUAAAAAUUGCUUGGAGAACUCUUCCCCUCUAAUUCCCCCUCCCACCAAAGCUGAGGGCUGGGCACACUCAAGUGAGACUUGUAGAGAAGCCAAUAAAAAUAUUGGAAAUGA